GUACGGAAUCCGCCCUGAAAAUGUGAUUAUAUAUGGCCAGAGUAUAGGAACAGUACCAUCUGUGGAUCUUGCUGCUAGGUAUGAGAGUGCUGCUGUAGUUCUUCAUUCUCCACUGACCUCAGGAAUGCGAGUAGCUUUUCCUGAUACAAAGAAGACCUAUUGCUUUGAUGCAUUCCCGAACAUUGACAAAAUUUCUAAAAUAACAUCUCCUGUGUUAAUAAUCCAUGGGACUGAAGAUGAAGUAAUUGACUUUUCACACGGCCUAGCAUUAUUUGAGCGUUGCCAGAGACCUGUAGAACCACUGUGGGUAGAAGGAGCAGGCCAUAAUGAUGUGGAACUCUAUGGACAGUACCUUGAAAGAUUAAAACAGUUUGUGUCACAGGAACUGAUGAACUUGUAACUUUCUUUGUAUAUUUGUAUGCUUUUUCAUUUCACUGCAGAACUGCAUGCCUUGAUAAAUACAUAACAUAAAACCUGAAGGUUGUGUUUUCAAAUCAUCGUGGUUGCCUUCAUUAAAUGUACAGGUAAUGAUUUGUAAACAUAAUUAAUGAAGGUUUUAAUGCCAGUAUUAUAAACUGGAAUUACGUGAUCAUGCAGUCAAGUUUGGCAGUUCAUAUUAAUUUGUGUGAGGUUUUUUCUUCUCAGAUGUAAAAAAAAAAUAAAUCACAAGGAGUACUGUACAAAAUUUUAAUUAUAUAAAAUCAAAUGCUGUAAAAGUGUUGCCAAAUGCUUUAGCAUAUCAAAAACCAAUUUAUAAAUAUUUUUUAAACAUCUCAAAAUGUACUGUGACUUACUCUGUUGCACAGGUGUAAAUUAAAAACCAGACUUCUAAGCAGUUGUUCUGUAAAAAUGUAAUAGCCAUGAAAUUUGAGCAAAUAUUGAGUAUGUAAUAAGAAUAGACAGUCACUGGAAAUGGCCCAUGCCCU